AUGGCCGACUUCAUCGAGCUCAGCGACUCCUCGGAUGAAGAGAAUCAAACCUUCGACACCACAAACUGGAUCGGCAAGGGAAAGACGUACAAUUCCCUCUCUGCUCCUCCUGGUCUUCGCCACUAUAUCAAGAGACAACUCGCUAUUCCUCCUGUCUUCGAGCGUUACCUUCCUGCAGAGAACUUAUCGUGCUCAGAGUUCAUUCAGUGGGGACCACCUGCAAAGCUCUGCUACGAUCUGGUGUCGAGUGCGGCGCCGAUCUUUUCCAAAUGCGAGCCCAAUGGGGCCGUUCGGCACUUCCUAGGCGAUAACCGACAGCUCCCUCCUCUCGUUGUCUUGAAAGACGCCGAGAAACGUGUCCGCCAGGCUAUCGUGGAUGGGUAUCGAUCUUUCAGUGACACCCGUUACAACGAAACCUACCUUCCCCUAUGGGCCAUCCCAUUCUGCCGGCGAGUCUACGAGUCGCGCACGAUGCAGGUUGAAGUAGAGCGGGCCAGUGAUUGGCUCACUCGUCUUCAUAACAAGUCGAAUGCAGCUGACCAUGCGCUGGUUGUGCAAGCACGGCAACUGCACUCACGUCUGCCUCGGUGUGGUAGCCCUUACAAGGGGGGAGUCGGCGUCGAGAAGCUCCUUCCACUCCUGCGGAGCUGUAUGAUCACCGACAACCUCGUUGAUGUGCUGGUUCGGUGGUCAAUAGACGAGGCAAAGGCGCGAAGAGUAUCGAGCACGUACAAGGGUCAUGGGAUGGAGGUUUGGGCGGCGAUCAACAAAGCGAAGCAGGAGUCGUACUGGAGCGACGAUAACCGCGUAGAUCCCCAAUUCAUGCUAACGAUCGAGAAGGCGUUGAAGGUCCCGUCGGGUGCGAAGGGCGAGAACAUCAUUUUCCCCAUCUAUCAGUCUUUCAGCGCACAGGACGAGGAUGACUAUGGCCACUUCUUACUCGCCGAGAUCAAACCGGACAGCAGGACAUUCACACUGGACGAUGGCGCCACAGAUGCUGUUUCCCAGCUGCAGGACGACGAGACAGACGACGAAGCCGAGUUCCCUCUUCGUCUCUCGGAUUACGUCGCAAAAAGCAACUCCAUAGAGGCGAUACCCACUGCAGUACCACCUGUCAACACUAGCUAUCCUCAGCCCAUAACCUCUCCUUCGCCGCCAGCACGACCUGACUCGCAGUCGCAGACAGCACGACCUGACUCGCAGUCGCAGAAAGGUGCCGAGACGUCAGCUGUGCUACAUUCGAUGGCGCAGGGAAAGCGCACCUUCGAUGUGGCCAAUAACGCAGAGGGCGACAAGGGCAUUGUCAACCCAGGUCCAGCAUCGCCGUCCAAGAAGCGUCGCAAGGCUGCAACACGAGGGAGGCCAAGAGAGGUCAUCGAUGUCGCCGAGUUCGAAGACGCAGAUGGUCGGCUACCAUGGAUCCGGUACGACAAUGAUGGUCGGAAAUCAACAAGCGGCAAUGGUCGCUCGCAGGUGGCAGCUCGGAAACGCCAGUUCCUCGUCGAAGCCGGACUCAAGUCGAAUGAAAGCGCGCGUGAUGCGUUCCGUGACAAGAUUCUCGCGCUCGAUGCGGAUGCGAGCUUUGACCCCAACGACGAUCGUCGGGUCAAGCAUUCGCUCUGCGGAGUUUGGAUAUCUUGCGCUCUCAAUAGACCAGAGCAAUUUCGACGACAUGCUGGUCUGUGCGAUGGCGCGUCACCGACAUACGGCAUGGCCGUGCUAGCGCCUGAUCCCUCCUCCGCUGUCACCCUGACCGAGUAUCCUUGUCCCGGUGGAGGCGGUGCGCGUCCUCGCUACAAGAUAGUCCGGUCCCAGUAUCCGGGAUACGGGCAUGGGAGUUUCAAACUCCUCUCUCAGGACGAGCAGCUCGUCGUACUGCGAAUUGAGGAGGGGGAGUUUGAAUGGACUCUGGAACGCCAUCUAUCCGCCGUUCGCUCUGCAUCAUGCAAGAGGCCUAUCAUACACGCCUCGCCCUCACUCGCAGCUAACAAAGUUCCUCCCUGCAUCGACUGCAAGGCUCUGCGCAAGCUUCCUGCUUUCAAGGUAGCACGUUCCCGUCGCUUCUCCACCAACCCCGCCAACGCAAAGUAUGCUCCGCUCUCAAUGCAACAUGAGCUUGUGGCAUCUACGAAGAAACACGCUGUCCAACGUGGCUUCUUUCAUAUCUUGCAGGAGUUCGAGAAGACGAAAGGGGAUCGCUCUAUCUUUGUCACCUUCGCAGAUUGUGCUCUUCAGGGUGGUUUCAAGGGUCGCGAGACAUUCAUAGGGCUCAUAGAGCACGAGGUCCAGAUUCAGAAGUUGAUCUCGGACGGCAAGAGCAAGACAGGUUUCCGAUGGUCGCCAUCUGUGAAGGACUGGGCUCAUCGUAUUCAUAUCAUGAGCCCGAGUGCAUUCAUUGCCGUGCAAGGUGUAUUCAAUCUGCCCACCCCACGCACAUUUCAGUCAGCAUCUAUCUUCGCCUUUUGUGGUACUAUGCACUCAUCGCUGUACAGAAACGAGCGCGCACGACAGCCACGUUUUCCCAUCGGUAUAGAUCGCGUGAGGACACCAUUGCUGCUCAAAGAAGCGUUGGCGAAGCUCUCUUUCGAUGGUCCUGUGCAUCUUGCAGAGGACGAUACCGACAUUACUGCAUCUCUCGACGCAUUCUGGAGCGUAGAGAAAGACGCAUACAUCCUGGUUGGCACCCCGGGUGAGCCACCUAUCCUCCCAGAUCCCGACAUCCUCCGGAAGGCAAUCCAAGAAGGUGCAUAUGCCAAGGCAUCACAUGUACGUACUUCGAGGAAGCUCCCAUUCACGUUCUCACGUAUCCAUGAUCAGCUUCGCGUGUGGACAGCACAGAUUGCUUGUCCUGGUGUUCCUGGUAUUGUCGUGGCUGCCAUGCCCAUCGCAGCGACCAUCGACGCAAGCAGUCUUAUCGAGCACCAAGACGCACUGUUACAGAGCUUGUACUUGCACGACAUCGCAGUGUGCAGCAUGGCCGCCGAUGGAGCUCAGAAAGAGCGCUCAGUACAGCAUCAUUACGAGCACUCGGCGUUGCGCCGCCCCCUCGUGAUCCCGUAUCCUCCCGACCCCUCGGACGAGAAGCGCGCUCUACACGCCGAUAUCCCCCUUAUCAAGGAUGCGCUUGGACAUCUUCAUCCUCUCGCUCAAGUCACAGACCCGUCGCACGCUUUGAAGGUAUUCCGCUCGAACUGCACGAACGGGCACCUCCUUAUCACGGUCGGUGAAUACACCACGGGCUACCGGCAUUUCUUGCGUACGCAGGAAGAGGGCGGUCCGCUUCUCAGGCAUGAUGUGGUGAAGGCCGACAAACAGUCCGACAACACUGCCAUGGCGUGCUUCUCUUCGACGACUGCUCGUUGGAUGCACGCUAAUCGUCCGACUGAAACACGCGCCACAGUUGUCCUACUCGCCAUCUUGAGUGGCCUUGUCAAUGCGUACGAGAGCCGUGAGAUCACGAUGAUGGAACGGGUCGAGGCUGUCCUGCGCGCUUACUAUCUGAUGGAGAUCUGGAAGGACUUCUGUGUCUCAAUGGACUACCCACGCAAACACCAUCUCAUGUCUGCGCAAGCACUCGACGUCGCCCGCCUUCUUGUGAAUGGGCUUCUACAGCUCAUCAUGAUCUUUUGCGAUGACUUUGACGGGAAGUAUCCGCUACUUCCGUGGCUUGUCGGUACACGUAACGCCGAAUUAACAUUCAGCGAGACUCGAGGCAUUGUGAAGGACUUUACCGCACUCGACUUCCUAUAUGCUGUUCCCAAGCUCUUUGUCAAGCUUCGGCAAAGGAUCGCGGGCAUCGAGCGCCAUUCCACAUGUCGUUCUAAUGGCUACAAUCACGGCCUCGCACACAAUACACCAUUGUCCCCUCAGGUUCUCGCUCGCUGCUUCGAGCUGCCGUCGCAGUUUGAGAUCCUAGAGGCCGCACCGCGCGUAUACUCCCAAGCAGCCAGCAUAGCCGAGAUGUUGUCCAUCAACGUCGCUUUGCUGGAGCGUGCGGAGUACAGAACUACGGCGUGGCCUUGGAUUCUUGGCGAGGCAGAUCGCGGUUGGGGAUCUGCCUUCAUUGAAGAUGAAGCUGACGAUGCGGACUACGACUGUGAUGCAGACAGCGACGGCGGAGACGAUGCGAGCUCCUCAGACGAAGAAGGUCUGUCACAUGCAGAACUGCACGCACUCGCUCAAGAGGCCGAAGCGGCGACGGCGGCAUCCGAAGACCAGACCGAGCAGCUACACGCGCUUGCCUACGCGGCCGUCGUACUUAGCGCGGAACAAGAUACAAUGAUGGAGAGUCUUCCUGACAUGUCCGACGACAUGUGGCAGCAGGAUGCCCUGUCCGUCUCGGCUGUCCUAUCAGGCCGGGAAGUCUCAACAGUACUCGGAGCUAGUCUGGCCAACCGAUUACCAGCUGUGGAAGUUCCCGGCGAGCGUGCGACACCAUCUCUUUUCAACAUCGGCCACCUACUCGACCUCCACCAGCAUCUGGAGUCCGAGCACACGAGACGUGUUGUUCGCAAACGUACGGUCAAUGACGGCACUGGAAGACCCACAGUAGAAGGAGAUGUGGGAAUCCGGCGACGGCGUGCCGCUCUCGGCAAGCUGUAUCGUGGAAUUCUCUCGGAGAUGCAGGGACAUCACGCCAGCCAAGGGAUGGCUCGGAAGGCACGCUUGACUGGCAAGUCAGAAGCUGGCAAUACGCAAAACGCCACUGUGACGGCUGGGGUUCGAGCGGGCGCGCCUGCGGAACCACAAGACCCGCUCUGCUGGGCUUUGAUAUUCUACCGAGGUUACAUCUGUUUAUUCGAAAUUUCUGACGUCUACGCGAAGGGCGGUGGCAAGUCCGGGCGAUACGGGUUCGGAGAGCAGGUCAAGUCAAUCGCGGCGGCCACCCUCAUCUCUGGCAGGGUACACUUCCCAGAUCCCGCGAACGGGCGGAUAGGGCAGACAUUUCGGUAUCUUGUUCGCCCAGCACCGGGAGCUCUCCCCUAUCACCGACACAACGUCUCGCGAUAUGGCCACAUCAAGUCCUACGAGCUCCUCGUAGUGUUGUCAUCGCAGCCUUCGGUCGAUGCUUAUUAUGUCACCCUGCAUCGCGCCGAUGAGCCGUACGCACGCGCACUGGAGGGGAAGGAGGCCUUCGUCGCCGAAGCACUGAAGGACAUGAAUAGGCGACAAGACCCGACGGCGGGCGAAGACGAUGGUAGUGCUGGCGAGGGCUAA